GAGGCUGAGAUCCGGCGGGAGUUUCUAACUCCGGCUCGCCCUCGGGAGGCUUUCUCUGAACCGCUCCAAGCGACCGCGCUCUUAACAUGGGAGAUGUGAAACUGGUGACAUCUACUAGGAUCUCCAAAGCUACCUUGACACUAGACCACUCUUCCUUAAGGUCUCCUGCUCUGACAGAAGCACCAGCAUUUACUCUCCCACCAAGGAAUAUCCGGGUGCCACUUGGAGGCACAGCCAGAUUCGAAGGAAAGGUCAGAGGCAACCCAGAACCUCAGAUCACAUGGUACAAAAAUGGACAUCUCAUGACUGGAGGAGAGCGCUGGGUGAUGGACCGCAGCAUUCGAGGGAUUUUCAGCUUGGUGAUCAAAGGGGUGCAGGAGGAUGAUAGUGGUUCAUACACCUGUGAGGCCACAAAUGACAGCGGUGUUCGCCAGGUGACUGUGGAGUUAACAGUGGAAGAAAAUAUUUUGAAGUACAGUCUGCCUUUUGCUGGCAAAAGUUCUAGUGGUAGACUUUCUGUUCCACUUGUGGAUCAACGGCCAAGCAUUUGGGGCGAGUGUCCACCCAAGUUUGCUACAAAACCUAAUCGUGUUAUUGUACGAGAGGGACAGACUGGUAAAUUCUCCUGUAAGAUAACAGGUCGGCCUCAACCUCAAAUCAUUUGGUCCAAGGUAUGGUUGUCUGUGAAGGUAUUUUCCUUGUCAUCUGCUAAAGUUAAUAACAUUGAAAAAUGA